UAUUGGCAACAGACACUGCGUUCUUCCGGUUUCCAAACGCUGCACAGACCGUGUUGAGUCCAGCACUUGUUAUAGAACUGUUCAGAGUUUAGUCCCGGGUCACAUCAGACACAGAAGACGGUUUACUCGAGGUGUUUUAUUAAAAAAGGUGAUCAAAUAUACAUGAAUCAGAGAAUACAGCUGGCGUGGGGAUAAACCGUGUUAGCCAAUUAGCCUGCUAGCUAACGUUAGCACGUAAAGCUGAUCUCCUUACUCUAGAUGGUUAAUCUCUUUUCGACACAGUUAUCGUCUCACAUCUCGAGUGGAAAUGUUGCCAACAAGCUGCGAAUAACUCAAAGUGGACUACAACUACCGAUCCCUGCGGUUUGUGGAAGAUCUCACACUUUAAUCUCUGCUAAGAUAAGACAACCUGUGGAGAGAGAAGAUGGACAUUCAGCUGAACCGAGUUGAUUAUAUUCAGGUUGGUGUGACAUCACAGAAAACCAUGAAGCUGCUUCCAUCGUUGGGGAAAAAGGCAACACAAAAGGUUGCCAUCGCAGAUCAUGAUGGAAUACUGACAUGUUUUGGGAUGAAGAAAGGAGAAGCGGUGCCUGUGUUUAAAACACUCCCAGGGCAGAAAAUAUCCAGAAUGGACCUUGGUGGAGCUGAAGGAACCCCACAGGAGAAGAUCUUUGUUUGUUCUGGUUCUCAAGUCAGAGGAUUCACUAAGAAAGGCAAACAGUUUCUCACCUUUGAAGCCAACCUCACUGAGAGCAUUAAUGCCAUGCAUGUUGCAGGUGCAGACCUGUUUGUGUGUGCCAGUUACAUCUACAACCACUACUGUGACUGCAAGGACCAGGACUACUACCUCUCUGGAGACAAGAUCAAUGAUAUUACAUGUUUGUCCUCAGAGAACCUGAGCCGCAUUGUCCCAGUCCUGGCGUGCCAAGAUCGAGUUCUCAGAGUCCUGCAGGGGUCAGAGCUUGCCUAUGACAUCGAAGUCCCUGGUCCUCCAUCUGUCUUGGAACUAUACAACAAAGAUGGAGGUGAGGAAGUCCUCUAUGGAACUACAGAUGGCAAAAUAGGAUUGGUCCACAUCGGUAAGCGAUCGGCUGCGACCAAAUGGGAGAUCGAUAAUGACAAAAAGAAAGGAGGAAUCCUGUGCAUUGACACUUAUGACAUUAUUGGAGACGGAGUGAAUGACGUCCUGGUGGGCAGAGAUGAUGGGACAGUCGAGAUCUAUGGUUUUGAAAGCACCAAUGAGCCCACAUUACGCUUUGAGCAUGUGUUGUCAGAGAGCGUGACUUCCAUUCAGGGUGGCUGUGUAGGGAAGGAGUCUUAUGAUGAAAUCCUGACUGCUACAUACACAGGAUGGGUGACUGGUUUGACCACGGAGCCACAGAAGGCUGAAGCUGGCCCGGGAGACGAGGUUAGGAUGAGUAAGGAGAACCAGUCCAAAGUAGAAGCCCUCAGGGCCGAGCUGGAGCAGCUGCAGGUCAAAGUCCUGCAGGGCCGAGAGCAGUACCAGCAGACAUCUCAGUCCAGCACAGCCGUCUCCGCUGUUCCCAUCUUCAGCAUCAAUGACAAGUUCACCCUCUGCCAGGAUGAUGCCAGCUACAGCCUCACUCUGGAGGUGCAGACUGCCAUCGACAAUCUGCUGCUGCAGAGUGACGUCCCCAUUGACCUGCUGGAUGUGGAUAAGAACUCAGCUGUUGUCAGUUUCAGUGAAUGUGAUUCAGAGCCUAAUGGGAACUUUCUCCUGGCCACGUACAGAUGCCAGGCUAACACUACCAGACUGGAGCUCAAGGUGAGGUCAAUUGAGGGACAGUAUGGGACCCUGCAGGCUUACAUUACCCCAAGACUGCAACCCAAGACAUGCCAGGUCCGCAAGUAUCAGAUCAAACCUCUGUCCCUCCACCAGCGGACACACAGCAUCGACCAAGAGAGGCCCAUGAACAGGCUCAGUCUGGUGGGACAAUUCAGCUUUGCAGAGAUCCACUCCUGGGUGGUCUUCUGUUUGCCGGAGGUGCCAGAGAAAACACCAGCGGGAGAGAACAUUACCUUUUAUUUUAGUAACACAUUUCUUGGAACACAGCUUGAAGCUACUUACUGCAAAGGGGAGGGUCACUUCAGGUCAGACAACAUCUCUACCAUCUCCAUACUGAGUGAUGUUCUCUCUAAGGAAGCUACCAAGAGGAAAAUCAAUCUGAACAUUUCAUACGAUAUCAAUGAUGACUCUGUGAGCCACACUCUGAAAAUGAUACAUCCAAAGCUGGAGUACCAGUUGCUGUUGGCGAGAAAAGUUCAGCUUAUUGAUGCACUUAAAGAGCUUCAGGUUCAUGAGGGAAACGCUGACUUCCUAAUCCCAGAGUAUCGCAGCAUCUUGGAUGAAUCCGCUAAUCUCCUUGAGGAGUAUAAGAAGCAGCCUGCACACCUGGAGAGGCUUUAUGGAAUGAUCACUGACCUGUUCAUCGACAAAUUUAAGUUCAAAGGCCAGAAUGUGAAAACCAAAGUGUCUUCAUUGCUGGAGAUACUUGAUAGUUAUGACUUAAAUUCUCUGUUGAACUUUUUCACUGAGGUAUAAUGUGAUAUAGAUCAGAGAGUAUUUAUUUACUUAUAUGUAACUGUCUGUAUUUGUGCUAUUUUUGUAUUGUAAAUGCUAAAGGGUUGUUUUAUGAUAGAUACUAGCAUUGGAGAGAUGUCAAUGUCGUGUCAUACCAUCCUGUAGAUAAUAUGUGUCUUGACUUUGUUAUUUAUAAUGUCUAUUAAAUAGCAUUUUAAAAAAGGGUGGUUAAAGAUAAACCACCAUAAUAUUGCCAUUGUAAUGAAGGAGUGUAGGUGGCUAAGCUUUGGAUGAUGUUGAAAGUUUCAGUGACCAAAUAUAAGACCGCCAAAAGCGCACAGAUUUAUUUAUACUUUUCCUAACAUCAUAACACUGUGACUUAUCUCCUUGAAAUGUGAGUUUUAAGGGGAAUAAAAUAAAUACAACUUAAUUCUACAGGAAGAAGUACAGUAGCUUUAUGUGACGAUGUUAGAUAACUUGUUCUACAUUAUGCUCAUACCUCAUUCAUUAUCAUUAAACUCAGCUUCUAAACCAAA